AUGCCUGCCGCGAAGCAACAAGUCAACGGCGAUGUGAAGGGCACUCGCCCCGUCCGCAUCGCCAAUGUGUCGGGCGGCCAGAUGGAGCCUGCGUGGCAGAUGAGAAAGCAGGCCACCUUGGGCCAGAUCGACUUUAUCACCGGCGACUGGCUGGCGGAGAACAACAUUGCGCAGGAAGCGGCGGCCAUGGAUGCCGGGACCGGUGAGGGAUUCAAGAAGAAUGCCUGGGAAGGCCUGCAGUUGACCAUGGAUGUCAUCGCGGAGAAGCAUAUCAAG